GCAGGGAGAGACGCGGACGGGAUAGCGCUCGAGAUCAACGCGACCCGGAACCGAGCAACUUCUCAACACUCGCAUUCCGAGAAUAUUUGGAGGCGCUGGCAUGAAUUAAACACGUCGAGGUGGAUCGUUUUUGAGUAUCCGCGUGCGUGGUCGACUUUAUCGGUCGUUCACUUUCCGUUUUUGAUUGUUGCAAGAAGACUUGACCGCCUUGACUCACAGGCAGGCGAGCAAGGGAAAGCAGAAGUCUCUCAACUCGCCUCGGGCGCUCGUUCUGCAGGCAUGUCGCAGAAAGAAAGACCCACUUUCUAUCGACAGGAGGUCAACAAGACGAUAUGGGAGGUCCCCGUGCGAUAUCAGAACUUGUCUCCCGUCGGCUCCGGUGCAUACGGAUCUGUUUGCUCUGCAUAUGAUGAAAAGACAGGAUUGAAGGUCGCUGUGAAGAAGCUGUCAAGGCCGUUUCAGUCCAUCAUCCAUGCCAAGCGGACCUACAGGGAAUUGCGGCUGCUCAAACAUAUGAAACAUGAGAAUGUGAUCGGGCUGCUGGAUGUUUUUACACCUGCCACUAGCCUGGAGGAGUUUAAUGAUGUGUACCUGGUGACUCAUCUAAUGGGUGCUGACCUGAAUAAUAUUGUGAAGUGUCAGAAGCUGACUGAUGAUCAUGUUCAGUUCCUUAUUUACCAGAUCCUGCGAGGGCUUAAGUACAUCCAUUCGGCUGACAUCAUUCACAGGGACUUGAAACCCAGCAACUUAGCAGUAAAUGAAGACUGUGAGCUUAAGAUCCUUGACUUUGGUCUGGCUCGACACACAGACGAUGAGAUGACAGGGUAUGUGGCCACAAGGUGGUACCGUGCUCCAGAGAUCAUGCUUAACUGGAUGCACUACAACAUGACAGUGGACAUUUGGUCAGUAGGCUGCAUCAUGGCUGAGCUGUUGACAGGCAGGACUCUGUUUCCUGGCACAGAUCAUAUAAACCAGCUUCAACAGAUAAUGCGACUUACAGGAACUCCACCUGCCUCUCUAAUAAGCAGGAUGCCUAGCCAUGAGGCUCGUACUUACAUCAACUCGCUUCCCCAGAUGCCCAAGAGGAAUUUUGCCGAUGUGUUUAUCGGAGCUAAUCCACUAGCUGUGGACCUCCUAGAAAAGAUGCUGGUUUUGGACACAGAUAAGCGCAUCACGGCGGCGGAGGCUCUUGCUCACCCGUACUUUGCUCAGUACCACGACCCAGAUGAUGAACCCGAAGCAGACCCUUUCGACCAGAGCUUUGAGAGCCGAGAGCUUGACAUUGAAGAGUGGAAACGUCAGACGUAUGAAGAGGUGAUAAGUUUUGAGGCGCCCGUCUAUGAUGGAGAUGAGAUGGAAUCUUGACGACCUCUUCUGUAUUGCAAUCAAACCAACUGUACUACUUCUACAGUAAUGCUGUCAUUUUGCAGUAUUGUAAUCAGCCAGUCAGUAGGAUGUUUGACUGUUUCUUUUCUUUAUGUUGUCUGCUGGGUCAAACAGAAGGAACAGAUGUCAUCAAAAAUCAUUUUUACACAUUGAAUCUCUUCAGAAAUUAGUUGUAAUAUCGACCUUUUUUUUUUUUUUUUUUUUUUUUUUUUCAUUCAAGUCCGCUUGUAAAUGUAACAUUUCCCUGAAAUUUCUUAGUAUUUAGUUGUGCUGUUAUAAUGUUCUUUCUGUGUACAAUUCAUCACAUUUGCAGAACUUUUAAAAUGCUCCGAAAACAUUGUUCAUUUAGUUUCUGUUAAUAUAUUUUUCCAAUCAAAUAAUGAGCAUUGUAUUUAAAGAUUUAUAGUUUGUUCCUCAUUAAUCGAUUUUCAUAAAGAUGGGAUUUAUUGGAAUCUCCUUUGAUAGAGCUAGGAUGAAAAAUGUAAAUUGUUGCAUUGGGUAUUGGUGAUAUGUUUAGGCUAUUUGUAAAUAUACGCUCCAUAAAGCUUUUUGAAUCUGUAGCCGUUUUAUUUCUGAUCUUUUUCACAUUGUUUGUGUGUGUUUCCUAGGGAGAGAAAGAGUGUGUGUGUGUGUGUGUGUGUGUGUGUGUGUGCGCGCGUCUUCACCUGAGGUUGCUACUAUGAACUGUAUGAGAUAUGAUUCUGCCUCCAGUAGCUGUUUUUGAAAUACUAUUAAUUGAAUGUCCAAAUAUGAAAGUAGAGUACAUAUUUAUAUACUGUUGAGGUGGUAUUUAUGAACCUGAAAAGCUGCAACUGUCUCCUUUAGCAUCUGAAAUAGAAAACAUGGAAUCAAACACACCAUUGUUUACUGAAAAUAAAGGCCGAUAUUUUUCAGAAA